GGCACAAAUUUCGACUGCAUCAACUGUUUGUUGUCAUCAGUUAAAUCAAAACUUAAGUGCUUAUGUGUUAUAUUGUUAUUCGCUGAUAACCUUUAUUUAAAGUUUAUCGCUAACAUUAUUUUAGCAUUUGGUACCAAAAUAUUUUGUUAAUUCAGACAUUUUCGGAACUAUCUGAACAUGGGAAAAGAAUUAGUUUUAUUUGAUGUGGAUGGCACUUUGACACUUUCUCGACAGAUAAUAUCAGAUGAAAUGAAAGAUUUUUUGAAAGUUUUAAGAGAGAAAGUCUCAAUAGGACUUGUAGGAGGAUCUGAUAUGAAGAAAAUUACUGAACAAAUGAAUGAAGGCUCUGCAGUGGUUAACAAAUAUGACUAUAUUUUUGCAGAAAAUGGAUUAGUCGCUUAUAAAAAUGGAUCACUUGUUGGAAAACAGAGUAUUUUGGGACAUAUGGGUGAAGAAAAAUUGCAGAACCUCAUAAAUUUUUGUUUAAUGUAUAUGUCAAAAAUAACUUUGCCUGUUAAACGUGGAAAUUUUGUGGAAUUUCGUAAUGGACUCAUAAAUAUAUGCCCUAUUGGUAGAAGCUGUAGUCAAGCAGAACGUGACGAUUUUGCAGCAUAUGAUAAAAUACAUAAAAUUCGAGAAUCGUUUGUAGAAGUUCUCAGAAAAACUUUUCCUAAUCUUGGAUUGGUAUAUUCUAUUGGUGGACAGAUUAGUUUUGAUUGCUUUCCUGCUGGUUGGGAUAAAACAUUUUGCCUAAAUUACGUUGAGAAAGAUGGUUUUGAGAAAAUAUAUUUUUUUGGUGAUAAAACUUCAGAAGGUGGAAAUGAUUAUGAAUUAUUUCAUGAUAAGAGAGUUAUAGGACAUACUGUGCAAAAUCCUGAAGACACUAUGAUCCAAUUGAAAAAAAUUUUCUUUUCUUAACAGCAUGUUAUUGUCAUAAUUUUUUUGUGUGUUUUAUAAUUAUUAUUGUCUGAAAACCUUGCAAUUUUGCUUAUAAUUUUCCAUUCACGAUUUUUUUUAAAAAUAUUUUUCGUGUAAAAUUAAACUUCUCAAAUGUUAAUCAAUGAAGAUGUCUAAAAUUUUAUUUUAUUUAUUCCUUUAAAAGAAAAAUUUUUUAGUGUUGUUUACUGAAUACUGUUACAAGCUACUUAUCUUAUAUGUACCCCAUGUAAGCAAAUCAUUUCCAAUUGCUUUAACCAUCAAAGCAAAGUUUUUUUUUAUGAACAUUGUUAAUUUUUGGUAUUAAGUUUUCAUAUUUUCAAUUUGUUGAAUUUCCUUAGUAGUAGAAUUAAAAUAAUAUAAAUCCUUAGUUAUUAUUAGUAUUAAUUAAUUCGGAUAACUUGGUUACUGGGUAAGUUAUACUAUUUUCUACUGGUAGUCAACAUGCUAAUUUGGUUUGUUUUACAAGUGUGAAUGAAAUAUUGGCCAGUGACAUUUAAACAAAAAUCAAUUUCAUGUUUUGUUCAUUUUUUUUUAUUUAUUAAUAUCAUUAAAGAAUUAUUUGGGAUAUUAUUCCAAAAUAAUCACUUGAGUGUUGUGUAAGUUUUACUUUUCAUUUUUUUUUACUAACAGUUAAAAUUUUAAUUUUGCUUUUUGUUAUGUAUGUUACAUUUAUGUUAAUUUAAAAACUAUUUUUCUAAAGUAAUAAUAAAAAGUUACAAUUUUUAAUAACUUACUAUUAUUUUUUAAUGAAAAUUGAGGAUAGCAUGAAAUAAUAUAUAUUUUUCAUAUUUUCUAUUAUUAAAUAAUAUAUACAUAUAAAUUAAUGUAUGUGAGUAUUUAGCAUUUGCACUCCCUGGUGUUGAAUUUCUGAAUUGAAGAAAAUGAAUUAUCAUAAGAUGAUUUUUUGUGUAAACUAUGUAAACAUUACAACGUUUCUAUAUGCAGAGCUUUUUCUUUACAUUUGGAGUUUUAGAUACUUAACUUUUUUUUCACAAGUGCAAAGUACCAGUAAUUGCAGGGAAGAGACUUCUGGUGACUUAUAUUUUAUCCAGUGAGCUUGUCUUUUUUAAAUAAUGUCUGUCAUCUAAUCUAAAAAACAAAUGUUGGCAAUGAAUAAACUAAAUGUACUGUAUUUUAUAUAAAUGCAUUUAAUUCAUGAA